AAAUUCAAGAAUCGCAAACUUAUUCUAGUCAGUCAUGUCAAAUCUCCAGUGGAAGAACUGUGAAGCCGAGUACAGCCAUCGACUCAAAGUAUACGUCGACAAAACUAAACAAAAUGAAAAGCUCUACGAAUUUCUAAGCGACGUUUUACCACCAGCAAUCGCCUCAAYUGGAUACGACCUCAAUCACCAAAUUCAAAUCAAUAUUCUAAGCAUUGGGAGUGGAGCAGGAAAAACUGAUUUUGAAAUCCUAAAGAUUAUCAAAGGUUAUUUUAGAAGUUUGAAAGAGCUCCAAGGGACAGUUGGUCCAAUAAAAAUGCUUAACCGAGCUGUAGAACCUAACGAAAACGCCAUGGACAUCUACAAAGCUGCAGUUGAAAGACUAGGAGACGAGUUCAACAGUGAAGAAGUAUCCUUCGACCUCGAUYCACCGAGAACAUUCGCAGACUACGCAGUCCAGCCAAAAGGUGAUGUGAAGUUUGAUAUAGUGCACUUUAUCCAUAGUUUGUACUAUAUAGACGUGGAGGAGGCGCUAGUACACUGCUACCAUGAAGAAUUGAGAGAAAAAGGGAUGAUGUUGAUUUGCCUAGCUGAUGUAAGUGACAUGAUAGCGUUGCUUCAAAUUCACGAAAAGAUUUWAAAUCUGCCAAAAUAUGACCUUAUCAAUGAAAACAUUUCCUCAGUCCUCCAGAAAUAUUCCUGGAAGUUUGAAGAACAYRUAGAAGAGCAUUGUUAUGAUAUCUCUGAGGUUUUCGACGCAAGUUCUGAAAAAGGCAGCCUUUUACUUGAUUUUUUUAGAUUCGAGAUAAAUUUUCGUUCAAACAACAGUCCUGAAGCUGUAAACAAAUUCUUGGAUAAAAUGAAAAAGUACUGCCURUGUAAAGAUGGUAAAUACUUCGCAAAUGUAGUUCAAAGAMUAAUUUUAAUACACAAGUGAGGUAGGGAGGAGUUCGAGUCACAUGUUUCACGUUAUUUUYGCUUAGAGAAAUGAGAGCGAGCGAKUUACUUUUAAGGAAUCUAAAGAAGYACUGUUGUCUGCUGGAAAGCAGACUAGAGUAWUGAAUGUUUURUUAUCAUASUAUGAYCGGUAAUAGAGCAGUACUAAUAAAAUUUUCUUCUUAUUAA